UCCCCCCCCCCCCCCCCCCCCCCCCUGCGCAUCAGCAGUUCAGCACCCUACUCGCCGCCGCCGGAGACAUGAACCAGCCGGUGCAGAAGAACACCCUCUACGUCGGUGGCCUGGCGGAGGAGGUGGACGAGAAGAUCCUGCACGCGGCGUUCGUGCCCUUCGGCGAGGUCAAGGACGUCAAGACGCCGCUCGACCAGUCCACGCAGAAGCACCGCUCCUUCGGGUUCGUCACCUUCCUCGAGCGCGAGGACGCCGCCGCCGCCAUGGACAACAUGGACGGCGCCGAGCUCUUCGGACGCGUCCUCACCGUUAACUACGCCUUCCCCGAGCGCAUCAAGGGAGGGGAGCAGGGAUGGGCCGCGCAGCCGAUUUGGGCUGAUGCGGACACUUGGUUCGAGAGGCAGCAGCAGGAAGAGGAGAUGCAGCGUCUGCAGGCAGAGCAGCGCGCGGCAAUGCAAGUAGCAGAGAAGCUGCACAGAGAGAAACUUGCUGCCGAAAGAGAAGGUGAGAAAGAAGAGGAGGCGGAUCCCAUGGCUGCAGCAGAAGCUCAGGCCUUGAAACAGAGUUCUUAAGGACUGGAUAUGGACUUCAGAACAUCUGCUGCUUUCCUGUCCAUUUGUCAAAUACACAUGCUUUUCUCAGCAGUGGUUAAGGUGUGACUAACUAACAUGCUAGACCUGGGAGUGCUGUUUGUUUAGUUGAAAGAAUCCUAUUUGUCUUAACGUGGGGUGCUUGUGUUUUUCGUUUUG